UCUCUCUAACACACACACAGAGGCUGAUCCGCGCGCUGCUUUAUAAACUGACCGUCGCGCGCUCCGCCAUUACAGGAACGCGGGCACGAGGAUGAGGAUGAUGGUGAGGAUGGUGAGGAUGAUGAAGACGCUGAGGAUGAGCACAGUGGCGAUUUUUCUCUUCCUCUCCAUCACAACUGCACUUUUAGACCAAACACAGGCCUUUCCUACAGCAUCUGCACCACAAGGUAAAGCAGAGUAUGACAGGCAGCUAACAGAGGAGAGACCACUUCAGCAGCAGAUGGCAGAAGCCGACAGCAACAGUAAAACAGAGCCGAAGCCCACGCAGACGUCUGAGUUGCGUCCAGACGACGAUGACAUCACACUGCUGAGGUCUCUGGCCGAGAAAUCCCGAGAGCUGAACAAUGAAACGCCAAAAUCAGAUGCCACAGAGGACGAGGGCGAUUCCACCAAGAACAGGAGGCUAGCAGAUGACUAUGACACCACCAAGAACGGUCUCGACAACAAAUACCGAGAUGAUCCAGAGAGCUUGCACCAGCUGGAUGGAACUCCUCUCACAGCCGAGGACAUCGUCCAGAAAAUUGCCAACAAAAUCUAUGAAGAGGACGAUCGCGGAGUGUUCGACAGAAUCGUCUCCAAACUCCUCAAACUCGGACUGAUCACUGAAAGUCAGGCCGACACUCUGGAGGUUGAAGUUGCUGAGGCUUUGCAGGAUCUGAUCACCAAAAACGCCAAGAACAACGAGAUCCAGGAGCUGAACGACAACAACAGGGAAGAGGAGGAUCGUCCCAUACGUCGGUUUGAUGAUGAUGAAGAUGAUGUUAACGAUGAUGUGAAUGAUGAAGAGGUUAAUGAUGAUGAUGAUGAUGAUGAUGGUGGUGAUGAAGAGCAGGAGGAGGAGCUCCGAGAUACUGAUGGAAACUGGGAUGGAGUGAGUGAAGGAAACGACAGGAACGAAGUGAACCCUGAGGAUGAGCUGCAGGACCUGCAGUAUUUCCCCAACUUCUACAGACUGCUGAAGAGCCUGGACUCAGAGCAAGACGCUGAGGAAAGAGAGACUCUCAUCACCAUCAUGAAGACACUCAUUGACUUUGUUAAGAUGAUGGUGAAGUACGGCACCAUCACACCUGAGGAGGGCGUGUCCUACCUGGAGAAUCUGGACAACAUGAUCGCCACACAGACCAAGAACAAGCUUGGGAAAGCGCUGGGUCCCGUUACGCCCCCUACAGGCUCGACAGACGAAGACGACAACACGAAAGAGGAAACAGCCAAGAUGCUGAGGGAAUACGAGAGCCUGAAGGACUCAACCAAGGAGGAGAGACCGCCGGUGGAGAACGGUCACACAGGGAAGUCAGAGUCGUAUCUGGAGGCGAUCAGGAAGAACAUCGAGUGGCUGAAAAAACACAAUAAGGAGGAGAACAAAGAGGAUUAUGAUCUGUCCAAGCUGAGGGACUUCAUGGACCAGCAGGUGGACACGUACAUCGAGAAGGGAAUCCUGAAGAAGGACGAAGGCGACGUCAUCAAGCGUAUCUACGGAAGCCUGUAGGACACGGCGUAUUUAUUUGCCCAAAUCUUUAAACCGAAAUAAUUUAUUCGAUCCUUCUGACAGAAUCGUCCGGAUGUGUAACUGUAGCUUUCCAAAUUAAACUAGACAAGAGUAAAGGAUAAACACGCAAUACGACCCGAACGCAGGAGAAUCAGCAAUAGAUGAUCAGACCUGUGAGGAGAAAACACGCGUAAGACACAAUAACCUGAAGUGUACCAUAUUUACGCCUCAUCGCUGGAUCUUCAGAAGCUUUCACACAUUAGCUUUCACACACUUUUUUCUUUCUCUUCUCCUUUAUUUUUGCUUUUCCUUUUUUGUGUUAAUGUUACACGGCUAAAUAUGAAAACACCGCUUGAUAUUAAUCAUCGUACCGACGGAGUUUUCUGGUUAUGUAACAGAAUAAGAGGAAAUGCUACGAAGAUUAGCUUGUUAGUUUCAACAUGCUAACAUUAGCGGUGCACUCGUGCUAGUUUUAGCUUGAGAUUCCUUCUGUAUCUCGGUGUUUACUCGGAACGUACAGUUUCAGAUUUGUGUUGGAACACGCUAGCUAUGAAGCAAAUCUUUAUAAUAAAUCUGCGGAAUAACAUCCGGCUAACAGUUUCUGUCAGGAUUUUUUUUAUUUUAGCAAAUGAGACAUUAGCCUGAACAUGUUGCCAUAGAAACCUGUAAAAAAACUUAUGAAUAAUGAAUCUGUCACAUGAAGCUAAAAUGCUGACGCAGUGCUCUGCUAACAUAACUUAGCAUAAGGUUAGCCUUUUGAUCAGUUAGCAUCAUGACUCGAAACUGAAAUUAUUUACAAAUCUUGAUGUCAUGUGGAAUUUUUAGGUCAGAAAGUGAAAUCUAAACCAGAUUAGCUAAUAACGCUAACAUUAGCUAAAGCAGACAGCUAGUUUACAAACUGCUAGGAUUUUGGCGUGAUCUUCAUCCUCAUCUUCUUUCUAAUUAGCCAGUUAACAUGACGACCAGGCUACUGUUCAUUAUAAACAUUAGCUCAGCUUGCUAACGGCUAUCACGUAAUCAUCCUCACUGACGUCGUUGUUUGAUCAGAAUUCUGAAUGCCAGGUGCCACCGGCACCAGGGGGUGCUGAAGUGACGCUGUACAGGAAGUUAAAACACGACAAUGCUUUUGUUUUUGUUUAACGACUCAUACUCCAGGAAACACGCUCGUCUGUAUUAGCAUCACUAGCAUUUUAUCUGUGUUUGAGUUAAGUUUAUUGAAGUAACUACGAUAAUUUCCUGAACUGUUCCUGUUUCCUCAGUUGCUCCUCUCUUGCUUGUGGAAUCUACUCUAAUCCAGUCCAAUCCAGUCUAAUCUAAUUGAGUCAUUUUCUCUGUAAAUACUGCGAUUUCUUCUUCUUCUUUUUUCCAGAAUUGCGAAUAAACCUUGCAUUUCUUUAA